GUUAGCCAUGCUCUCUCAGCCUCAGAAGAAGGAAAAGGGAACCCUCUCUGAACAGAUUUUGCUAAGCCAAGAAGAUAGUCUUUGUGUUGUCGAAGGCUUUCAUAGCCGGAAAGACAUACAACAACCCCAAGAUAGUCUUUGUCCUCAGAAGUACAAAGUUAAAAGAAAAAGGGGAAAGGUUAAAAAAAGGGAAGAGGAAACAGAAAGCAAAGAAAGAAAAUGAAGUGAACUGACCUACAUCAGAUGCCAGAUGUUGAGCUUUAAAAAUGGAAGAAUGUUUCAAAGGAAGCUCCACUUCAGGAGGGCAAUCAUCACCAGUGGGCCAGGCAGAAACGGCUAUUUGUGAUAAAGUGAAUACUGCGAGGCAAAAACAACAGUUUCUUUUGUUGCCAAGUGAAGGGGAUCAGUGGAAAAAUAAGACGCAACAAAUAGAACGUCAGUUGAAAUGCUUGGCGUUCCAGAAUCCAGGACCUUUACUGGCAGACUUCAAUCCAGAAACUCGAGAACAGCAGAAGAAAGCCUGCAUGUCAAUGAUAAACCAGGACUGUUUUAAAACUACAAAGAAAACCAUGAAGAAAUAUGACAAAAAAGGCUGCCUCCUAUCCAGGAAAGUAGAUUUGUGUGACUGCCUGGAGAAGAACUGUCUGGGCUGCUUCUACCCCUGCCCCAAAUGCAAUUCCACUAAGUGUGGAACAGAGUGUCGCUGCAACAGAAAAUGGGUUUAUGAUCAGAUUCAGACGGAGGAUGGACAAAUUAUCAGAUUUCCAUUUCUAAAGAACUGAUUUGUAUUUCUCUUCCUGAUCCCCCUUGUAAAGCAGUGGCUGAACAUUUUAUUUAUACUAUUUAUUUAUUUAGAAUUCAAUUGAAUGAGUGAACAUUUCAUGCAAUUUGGGGGAGGCAGCAGAGUUAUUUAUGUGGUAUUGGAGAAAUGAGAUAAUUUUGUAGCUUACGUAUAAAGAUUAUGUAUCAGAGUCCUUAUGGGGUAGCAUCUUUGAAUCCAGGGAAUCUUGAGUUGAGAAGUGUGUUUAUGUGGUUCUGUUUCAUGCAAUUCACCAAUGACAUCCCUUUCCCAACUCCUGUUUUCAUUUUUAAAUGAACACUGCAGAAAGACAUAAUAUUGUAUUUAGUAAGAAUAGUUUAAUUGGAGUAGAUGGAAUGGCACUGACUAGAAUUAAAGCACCUUUUCUUAUUGUC